AUGUCUCGUCCCCAAUCUCCAUCGGAGGAUGUGUACAACGAUCUUGACGGCUAUGAGCUACAGAUCGCUCUUGAUCAGCUAGCUGCUGGCUCAUCGGAAGCGCUGCGACUAUAUCUAGCUCGCAAAAACGGCCUAGAUCCUGCCACAGUAUCACUUCAUACAACACCAUUCGAGAGGAGCUCUGACCCAAACGUCACGUACUCAUACGCCGGAAAAUUGGACAACACCCAUGCGCCAGGAGACCAAUCCCUGCCCGACGCCAACGCAGAGGCAAAUCGACCGCAUGUCAUCUUCGAGGACACAGAGGUACCCUUUGACUAUGAGCCUUUGGAUCCUGGGCUUCGACAAUUUCGCCUUUUGAGACUAGGUCCCGCCGACGAGCAUGGUGUCACGCGGGACAUUCAGGUGGAAACGUUCUGCCUUGAUGAUGCUCCGCCUUACUUUUGCCUCUCAUAUGUCUGGGGAAAUCCCGAGCGAUUCCUCGGGGUCAACUGCAACGGAAAGAUGAUCUCCGUCACGCAGAAUUUGUUCCAUGCGUUGCGCACUUGCCUCAAUAGACAUCCCGGCAUGUGGUUUUGGGCCGACGGGAUCUGCAUCAAUCAGGACGAUAUUGUUGAACGAAGUCAACAAGUUCUGUUGAUGGGCAACAUCUACGAGCGGGCCAAGUUGGUCCUUGCUCAUCCAGGUCACUACGAGUAUGGGCGCCGCAAGCCUGGAGACAACGACAGCACGAUGGAGACGACAUUGGAAGACCGUCUAGGAGGUCUAGGAGUUCAGGAUAUGCUGAGCUUUGGCGCCGAAAGCUCAAUCAAAGAUAAAGUCGUGGCGGAGGCCGAGAAACCAUACGGGCUACCGGACUUUUUUCUGGAGCCUGUGGACAACGCAUACAGCCCCGAAAGCGCCCAAGGGGCCAUCAGUAUCAUGACCUUCCUGAUCCACAUCUGGGGAGACCAUCGCCGAGACAAGGUGCUCUCAGACGAGGAAUGGGACAAGGUCGGCCUUCCUGACCCGGACACGAAAGACGGCCGUGAGACCUGGAACAAUUUGGUUCGAUUCUGGAUGACCGACUGGUACUUCCGCACAUGGGUCCUCCAAGAGGUCAUCCUGGCAUCGAAGGUUGUCGUGCUAUACGGCUCAGCCGCGAUCAGCCUAGAAGCAAUCACAGAGUUUUGGGACCUUGCGAGACGUCAUAGUCAGCGCUUAUACCCAAACAAACAAAUUAAAUAUAAGGUUCGUAUUUAA